AUGAGUGGUGGAAUGGUUGGAUUCGCUUUUAUAUUAACCGUCGUGCUGGUGCAGACCGUGUUCUUCCCUGCAGUGAUGGCAAAAUUCUACAACGUUUUAACGUACGACAAUUGCAAGCACAUGGAAAACUCGGCCGCAACCUUGAGCCAGGUGAAAGUGUUUGGAAAACCGAACGCCAUCGAGCUGAGCGCGAUAUUGGAUGUGACGCAAGAGAUAGAACCACCCGUCCAUCUGCAGCUUUCCGUGAAACGGUGUAACCUUCAAAAGGAAGCCUGCGAAACGUACGAGCACAUCUCGAUGGAAGACAUAUGCUCGAAGAUCGAAAGCAAUCCGAUACUGCAUAAGUACAUGGACAUUUUUACACCGCCGCUGAGCUGUCCGUUGAAAAAGGGGCGUUACGUGGCAGAAAAGUCGGAGCUAAAGUUGCAGAUGCUUGAAAUGUUCCCGAUCGAGAACGCUUUCUGGCAGAUGGAAUUCCGCUUCCUGAACAAACACAACCAAACGAUGCAGUGCGAUUUUGUUGAAAUUGCCGUAACGGACAAGCAGUAA